AUGAUGUUUCCAAGAGUAAUUUCCAAAUUAUUUGGAGCAUUGUUCAUUUUUGGCCUAAUAAAUAACUCUGGUGCUCAGACGACAAUUGCAGAAUGCGAGGUAGAUUUUGUCGGACUCCAGAUGGUGGACUGUCCCCCGUGGGAGGAUGGCGCCCCGACCUAUCCGUACAAUUGUCGCAAAUUCAUUGUAUGUACAAAUGGGAAUCCGAUUGUUCCGUGCUGCCCUCCGUUUACAGUGUGGGAUCAAAAUUUACUUGUUUGUAAUCAUGAGAGCGUAACGCCGUGCGUCAUCGUGACGACGACGGAAUAUGCGACCGACUCGACAACCACACCCACGACCACACCUACGACGAUCACGCCCACGACGACCACUCCCACGACGACCACACCCACGACGACCACUCCCACGACGACCACACCCACGACGACCACACCUACAACGACCAGGCAAACUACUACUCCGAGGCCAAUCUACAACGUUACCCCACCCCCCGGCGGUGCGAUCCUGAGCUUGGAACUUUUGUUUCUCUUGCCGUGA